AUGGUGUGGUGUGACCGCGGCGUCCAGAUGCUGCUGACCACGGUGGGCGCCUUCGCCGCCUUCAGCCUCAUGGCCAUCGCCAUCGGCACCGACUACUGGCUCUACUCCAGCGCCCACAUCUGCAACGGCACCAACAUCACGGCCGACGAGGCGCAGGGGCCGCCGCGGCGGGCGCGGGGGGACCUCACGCACUCGGGGCUCUGGCGGAUCUGCUGCCUCGAAGGAAUCUACAAAGGACAUUGCUUCCGAAUCAACCAUUUCCCUGAAGACAAUGACUAUGAUCAUGACAGCUCAGAAUACCUUCUCCGCAUUGUCCGUGCCUCCAGCGUGUUCCCCAUCCUAAGCACAAUAUUGCUGUUGCUGGGAGGACUUUGUGUCGGAGCAGGAAGGAUUUACAAUAGCAAAAACAACAUUAUUCUCAGCGCUGGGAUUCUUUUUGUUGCAGCAGGACUAAGUAAUAUCAUAGGGAUCAUUGUCUACAUAUCAAGCAAUGCAGGUGACCCAAGUGACAAGCGAGAUGAGGACAAAAAGAACCAUUACAACUACGGUUGGUCUUUUUAUUUUGGAGCCUUGUCUUUUAUUGUGGCUGAAACCAUAGGCGUUCUGGCUGUGAACAUUUAUAUUGAGAAGAACAAAGAGCUGCGGUUUAAGACGAAGAGGGAAUUCCUUAAGACUUCUUCCAGUUCUCCUUAUGCCAGGAUGCCAAGUUAUAGAUACAGGAGACGGAGGUCCAGAUCCAGUUCUCGAUCUACAGAACCUUCCCCAUCUAGAGACAUUUCUCCAGUUGGCAUGAAGAUAGCAGGUACCAUUCCCAUGAACGAAAUUUCCAUGUACACUCUUUCCAGAGAGCCCUUGAAGGUUACAACUGCUGCCAGCUACAAUGCAGACCAAGAAGCCAGCUUUCUGCAGGUUCAUAACUUCCUUCAGAAGGAAUUUAAGGAAGGACUCCAUGUCAAUAUGGUCAACAGGAGAACGACACCUGUUUGAAAUACCUUGCUUCCCUAUGGUUUUUGAAGAAAAUCAAAACACAAUGGAUCUUUCAUGAAAGAGAA